UUUGAGUAUUUUUAUCGAAUCCAUCUAUACUUUAAAUUUAACCAAUUAUUCAUUUGCCUCAAAUUUUGCUAUUGCCUUCAAACCAAGCAAUUAAUUUAUAAUUAUAUUUAUCAUAUCAUAUUAAUAAACUAUGUUAUCAAGAUCAAUCUUAAGAACAAUCUCUACAAGAUUACCAAUUACAGCUUCUGCCAUUGCCAUCCCUUCGGCAAGAAUGUUAAUUCAUCCAAUUAAUACCAAUUUUAAUACCAUUUCUAAAAGAUCAUAUCAUGAAAAAGUUAUAGACCAUUAUGAAAAUCCAAGAAAUGUCGGUACAUUAAAUAAAAAUGAUGCUGAUGUUGGUACUGGUUUAGUUGGUGCCCCUGCUUGUGGUGAUGUAAUGAGAUUACAAAUUAAAGUAAAUCCAGACUCUGGUAUAAUAGAAGAUGUUAAGUUCAAAACUUUUGGUUGUGGUUCUGCUAUUGCUUCUUCUUCUUAUGUUACUGAAUUAGUUAAAGGAAAAACUUUAGAUGAAGCUUUGAAAAUUAAAAAUACUGUCAUUGCUAAAGAAUUAAGUUUACCUCCUGUUAAAUUGCAUUGUUCAAUGUUAGCAGAAGAUGCUAUUAAAUCAGCUGUUAAAGACUAUAAAUCAAAGAGACUUGUUAAGCAACCAACCUUAGGUGCUCAAGUAGUUGUUGAGGAAGCUGCUAUUGCCAAUUAAUUUAUUUAUUGCUGAAUCACAUUUUAUUUCUUAUUGUUACUAAUAGGAUUUCCUUUUUAGUAUCUUGCUUUGGGUCUUGUGUUUUAUUUAUAUAGUAUUUCUACACA